AGUCACAGCUGGGGAGUGGGGGGGCGCCAGGCCCCCUCCACAGCCCUUGAGGCUCAUAAAGGGAGGUGUGCAGAAUUCUCCCGGAGUCGAAAUCCCAAGUUUGGGCUCGCAGGGAGGUGGACGAGGAACCGAGGGCCAGCACCACCCCUGCCGUCCACACCGGCCAGGGCCUGGGCCGGAGGCGCCAGCAGCUCUCCGCGGGGCUCGGGCUUCCCGGAGCCAGCCUCGGGGAGUCGCGCAGCCCCGGAUCGUGCCCGCGCGGCCGCCCAGGAGAAGUCGGUCCGAGUGGGAAGGGCGGCGAGCGGCCCCUCGCCCGGGACUCGGCGGGUCCCGGCUGCUCGGUCCCCGGCAGAGGCGGGAGCGGCGACGGCUGCGAGCGGGAGGGGCGAGCGCGCCUCCGGAGAGAGAGAAGAAAGAGCCGGCCGCGGAGGGCCGCGCCCGCUCCCCGCGCCCAGGCCGGGGCCGAGGCGGACAGCCCCAAAUCCACCUCUUUUGGCCAGGCCCUGCCCAUCUCCGGGAGGAAGGAGCAAGCUGGAAGAGCCAGGGUGGCACCCACGUGUGGUCAGUGCCUGGUGAGUGGAGACCCUGUGUCCUGCUGAGGGCCACGCCAGGCAGUGAGGGAUGCACAGUCCAGCACAACGGUCUGAGUUGGGGGACGGUGCUUCCUGGAGGUACUGACCGGCUGGAUGUCAAGAUGAAGAGGAGUGACAGACAGACACACCUACUGGAACCAGAAAGUCAGGGGACAAAGGGGCAGAGAGACCGGCCAGACAGGAGAGAGCCGCAAAGACGGAAGACCAGGAGAUUGCAGACGCAGCCAGGGUGCAGGCGGAGUUUCUCCCGUGGGGGAGGGUGACCGGGACCAGCAGCCAAGGCGCAGCGUCAGGUGGGAAGGCUCCUGCUCAGAGAGGAGGGUCCCCCUCUUCCAGCCCGUGGGCUGUAGCUCUCUGGCCCGCACCACGCCCACAGCUGCCUUGUCCCACCCCGCAGCCAAGCCACAGGGACUGCCUGCUGUUCCCUGCAUCUCAGACCUUGUUGUGCUGCCUUUCCUGCCCGGAAUACCCUUCCCCCUUGGCCUUCGCUCCUCAACACACAGCCACACCUGGCCUCCUUGGAAAGCCCGUCCAGAACCUCGAAGGGCCCUGUGCAGGUGGCAGCGGCAGCCCUUCCAGCGGCCCUGUGAGGAUCUGCUGCUGGGCCGUGGUGGACGGGUGGCUGAGGAAGGAACCCACGGAUGGAUUCUCAAAUGGACCCUAGCGACCCUCACCGCCUCCCCUCCAGGGAGAGAAGUGGACGUACAUUGCUCCCCACUGGUGGGUCAGGGACAGGCCACAGUCUGGCCCAGAUGCUGUGCUCUUAUUUCGCCCUAAUGUACACGGGAAGCCCGCGUCUGUGGCCAGAGGGACAGGCUGCCUGCUUCUGCCGGGGCCAGCGCGGGGCGGCCCAGAGGUAGCUGCCAAUGGGAGGGGCAGGGAAGCUUCAGGCCCACCUCAGGCCAGAGGCAGACCAGCCUCUCCUGACGUGCCACACCUAACCCCUAACAGUGCCAGACUCAGGGUCCGGCAGAUCUGCCUUCUUUCCUGGAACCCACCGCAAAGAAGCCGUCCGGACCACCCAGUCGAAAGAGGGGUUUCCUCUCCCCCAGCAACCUACCCAUUUCUUUCUGUCUCUGGCAACUGCGACAUAACAUUGCUUGUUUGCCGUCGCCCCCCGCGUCGGAUUAGAACCCGCGAGACGCUUCCUCAGCCCCAAGGGCAGGCCGGGUCUACCGUGGGCCUCAGGAGACAUCUGUGCGAUGCCGACAAGACGGCCGCCAGGCCACAGUGGGCUGGAACCCUCAGUACUCAGAAGACCAGAGUGCUGGCGCAAGGGAAUUCAGAAUGAAAACAUCAAACGCGAAAAUAAGCUUAGCCCUCUUUUUUCCCCACAACGCCACUUUGAACUAAAAAACAAAAUUUUAACAAGUGUCCCUCAUUUUUUGUGAGCCCUACUUUGCUGGUGCUUGGCUCACUGUUGGGUAAUCUGGAAGAGAGUGACAUCACCAGCGACCAUGACAUCACCCCAUCUGGCUUGUGUCAUCAUCGACCUUAACCCUGAGACGUCACCAGCGUGACCAGUGACACCUUACAUUCUGUUCCAUGACGUCAUCCUGCCUGACUGAUGACGUCACUCCGCCCGCCUUGUGGCAUCACGUUCACUGGUCCCGUGAUGCCACUCUGCCUGUCUACGACCUUGGCCGGCCAGCCUGUCUCCUGCCCAGUGGCUGGUGUUCCACGUCCACUGUGUCACGGGCCUCGUGCAGGUGCUGCAGCCGGCGGGGGUCAGAUUCGCAGGCCGCGCGGAGGCCCGAGGGCCCGGCUGGGUCCGCGGAGAGCAGAGGCGUGCGGGCCGAGGCUCGCCGGCUCCUCGGGGGCGCCUCACCCGGUUCCCCUCGCGAGUUCUCCUUUCAGAUUUCCCGCGGCCCCAGCUCGCCCGGAAGCCAGGCGGCUGGCAGCGCGCGCUCGGUCCCGGAGCCUGGAACCCGCGGGAGAGGGGCUCGGGAAGCCGUGCGUCCGGCCCGCCCUCGGCCCCGCGCGGCGCGGGGGCGCACCAUGCCUGCCGACACCCCGGGGAAGCUGAGGGCCUCGCCGCGGGCGGGAGCGCCGGCCGGUGCCCGCCGGACCCCGGACCAGCCCCGGAGCGCGGCCGAGCACCGGAAGGUGGGGACCCGGCCGGACGCGGUUGGCAGGAGCGGGGGGGCGAGGGGAGCUGACGCCCGGGGGACUCAGCCGCUGCCGGCCCCGCAGUCCUCCAAGCCCGUCAUGGAGAAGCGGCGCCGAGCGCGCAUCAACGAGAGCCUCGCUCAGCUCCAGAGCCUCCUCCUGGACGCCCUCAGGAAAGAGAGCUCCCGCCGCUCGAAGCUGGAGAAGGCGGACAUCCUGGAGCUGACCGUGAAGCACCUGCAGAGCCUGCGGCGCGUGCAGGUGACAGCCGCCCUCCGCGCCGACCCGGCAGUCCUGGGCAAGUACCGCGCCGGCUUCCACGAGUGUCUGGCCGAGGUGAAUCGCUUCCUGGCUGGCUGCGAGGGCGUCCCGGCCGGCGUGCGGUCCCGUCUGCUCGGCCAUCUGGCGACCUGCCUGGCCCGGCUGGGGCCCUUGCGCCGCCCGCUUCCACCGGCCCCCGCCGCCGAAGUUCUGGCGCCCGCGCUUUACGCGGGCCGCUCGCCGCCGCCAGCCUUCGACGGCCCCUGCCCCUUGCCGCGCUCCAGGGCGGUCUUGGCGCCGCCCUUCCUGCCGGGCCGGACGGGGGAGCCCCUCGCCGCCCCCGGAGCCGCGGCUCAGGGCCGGGGCGCACCCUGGAGGCCGUGGCUGCGGUGAGGUCGCGGCCCCAGAACCCGCUGAGACUGUGCCAGAAAAUAUUUAUUUCCAGAGACCGCGUCGGGAGCUUUGUUUUGUCGUCUUCGUGAAGGGUCCAGUCCGGCAGAGGCCCGGCAGCGGGGUCGGCUGAUGUCUUCGCGCGAGCGGGCAGGGCGGGCCGCGGGGGUUCUGCUCCCACCUGGGCCCGCAGGUGCCCGGCGCGGACGUUCGGCCGGCCUUGCGUUUGCCUGUAUCUAACUGCACUGGAGCCGCGACCCGCCUUGGAGUGGGGGGGAGGGUGUGUGAGAGGUCCCUCGGGAGGCUCAGGCAGGACGGGGCCAGUCAUCACUUUUUCCAGAAUGUCUCUCCGUGCUGGGAAGCGGUCCCGCAGCAUCACUGGGCAUGUUGUUUUCCACUCUCACUCGCGAGGACCCUGGAAGGUGGAGACAUGUAUUUUCACACUGUUGUCUUGGUGCUGAGCUGUGGUGAGGGCUGACUGUCCCUGAAGCUUCGGUUCUGGCCUGUUCCAUCUCCUGCCUUCUUGUGGCUGAGCACAAAGCUGCCUGUGCCCACCCGUGCGUUGAGCCUGCCCCAGGCCAGUGUCUGCCCGGGAGAGGGCUGCCAGCAGGAGCGCGCAUCUGAGUCCCAGGGGCAGGGAACGGGGGCCAGCCCGACAAAGGGCACUUGGUGCUGGGGCUCUUCUCCUGCCAGAGCCCAGCCCUGCUGUGUGCCCCAUCCUGCCCUGAGAGGGGAGGUACCCCUUCAGUACAAAGGAACUGGCGUUGGUCCGGCCUACGCAUCCGUCCUGAGCACCGGCUGUGUGUUCAUCCUACAAUACAGCGAUCCUAGGCGGCGUUGGGCAUGGCCCCCCACCCCCGACCCCGAGAGUCGCUGUCCUGUGGUCCCAGGCCUCCCCAGGCUGCUGCUGGGGGCUGUGCUCCGGGUGCGGUGAGGGGGUGGUCCAAGGCACGCAGCUGGGACUGCAGUGUCUCAUCCUGAGCCCUGCUGAGGCUGAGGCAAGAUCUGUUUCCCAACCACAGCCAAGUUCACCUGAUGGUUGUUGGCCGCCUGCCUGGCCAGGGACCGUCGCGGAGGAGGAGGGUGAAUCACUGCCGGGGCUGGCCUGCCCCUCCUCCAGUGGCCCCAUCAGCUCCCGUGUCCGUGUCAUGCGCAGGGUUCACCUGCCCUCCUGGACUCAGCCGUGCACACCCGGCAGGGCCUGCCACGUCCCACCAAGCCAGUUCCUCCCCGGCCUCUAGCUGCCUGGCGCGUCUUCCUGAGUGUCCAGGGCCCAGGCCAGUGGUCCUGGACAGUUGCAGCCAUGCAGGCCAGGUGCCGCACCCUCUGCACACAGGCCCUGGGGAGGCUGGGAGAGCCGGGUCUCCAGCAGGACUGUGGGGGAGUUGCUCCUGACCAGCCUGGGAGGCCCUCCCAGCAGGAGAAUUGUAGAGGGUCCAUUUCAGAAGCCAGAAGUUCAGCUUGGCUGGGGGAGGGGAACUGCUCAGGGAGGGCCUCAGUGCAGGAGGG